AUGUAUCUAGCUUAUGCCACAAAUCCAGCUGGAGCGGCACAGCAAGGUAUGAAUCAGCUCUUCAGGGCAGGCUUCGACUAUGUGUCUAGCACAUUGGGAAAGGACAACAAUCCAGUUGCGAAUGGCAUGGCCAAUGCUAUUGAUGCAGUGGGCAACUGGUAUGCAUAUACUGGAAACUUUACAGUGCAGGUUCUCGAGUUCGUGACCACACCAGGGCGAAAGCUUGUUGGAUAG